UGCGUGAAAGGUACGAGUGAUUGUAGUCUGGUCAGCUGCCUUCACUAUAAUUUAAGUAACCAGGAUGUUCCACUUUGUGGAACCCUCAUACGUGUCGAAAUCGACGGAUUCCAUUAUGUGACAUUGAAGAAACAAACCAAAAAUCAGUAGCAUCAAUAAAAACCAUUGAGAUUUUCACAAGAACAAUAGAGAUAAAUCAAAAAGCAAAUAAUCAUUUAUUGUCAGUGUAGUUACUUGCAUUAAUAGUUUCCAGUCAUGGGAUCUAUUUUCAUACAUGACAUCGAAGCAAGGACGUGUGUAGUACGUUUCAAAAGGGUUUUCCUUGCUCAAAUUUCUUUUUGCAGCUGCUAUCAACAUUUUGGAUGUGAUACUGAUUGUAAAAUAUCUGUAUAUCGUGGCUUUCAAAUGUUCAGAUAUGGUCCAUUGAAAACAACAUGCAACUGGAAUCUAUUACUUACGAUUUACUGGAACGAUUUACUUACUACAGGAGCUCUGUCAAAAUUAUAUAUCUUUGAGAUGUAAAUCCAACUGCAGUUUACCGAAAUAAACAGAUUUAGAAACUCCUUUAUUAUGCAUCUCAAGCAAAAGUUUAGCUUUUAAUAAUUUAAUAUGAUAAUUGAAAUUUCUGUUGGAAUACAUAUUUUACUUCAUUUCGUUUCAUGUAAGAGGUUACAUAAUUUUAGCACGAUGUUCAUGGUUAUAUAUUUUAUGUAAUUCAACGUUUAGCUGCAAGAUAAAAUUCUUUAAUAAACCAAAAAAACCCAAAUAAUUAGAAAAACAUUAGCGGGUUAUAUUAAACACAUUAGCGGGUUAAUUGUUACAGCUAUUAACCGUGACCACAUGACAGACUUGGUCAAAUGUGGUAGGGAAGACAAACUGAUACAGAAGAACGAAAUAUGAGAGUGCUUGGCCGUCGUAAACUGCCCACUUUCUUAAAGAUCAUUUUAAUCGUUGCGUGUAUAAUAGCAAUAGCCUUCAUUUCAUCUCAAAAGCCUACGAAACUUGGGGAUGUCUUGAAAUGCGUGGACGAACCAAUAUCCGUCGAGAUAUCAAAACAAGUUCAUAACUUUAACUUGGCUUCAGCAUGUUUAUCAAGGAAUAUCUUGGAUAGUAAUGAAGUUAAACUUCAUAGCAACCGAUCAUCUGAUAAAAAGUAUACUCUAACCAUUGGCAUCUCAACAAUUACUCGUGAAAAUGGAAACAUAUACCUCAUGAACACUCUAAAUAGUCUUACUGUGGACCAAACUGUUGGAACUAUAACACCCAACUUUCUUAUUGUAUUACAACUUGGUGAUUCAAGUAAACAAAAACGAAUUCAACUUGCUAAUAAAAUACAGCAGAAAUACAUGUCUCUUGUUAAUGAGGGCACCUUGGACAUUAUACAAGUAUUUCCACCCUACUAUCCUUCGUUUGAAAAACUGAAAAGGAGAUUCAACGACAAUGAAAAAAGAGUAAAAUGGCGUUCAAAACAAGUAAUUGAUUUCUCCUUCCUUUUUUGUUAUUGUUAUGGUUUGAGUAAGUAUCAUUUACAACUGGAAGAUGAUAUUAAAGCUUCACCAUAUUAUUACCCAAAACUUAUGGACUUUAUUGACAGUUAUGAAAACAAAGAAACAUGGUUCACACUUGAUGCCUCAAUGCUUGGCUACAUUGGUAAAGUCUAUCACAAUUAUGACCUCAAUGAAAUUGCAACAUUUUAUUAUAUAUUUUACGAUGAGAUGCCUGUGGAUUGGAUGGAGUAUAUUUGGCGAAACAUAAAGGGACAAGCAGGCCGUUGGAGAUUUCGUGUCGCUUCAUUAUUUGAGCAUUAUGGAGACAUAUCAUCCCUUAGAAGCAAGACUCAAAAAACAAAUGAAGCCUACUUUGACAAAUACUCACAAAAAUAUCUGGGACAUAACCCCCCUGCUGUGAUAAAAACUAAUCUAAUACCAAAAAUGCGAACAAACAUAGACUUUGCAUACAAUCAAGGUGCAAGUUAUUUCUGGGGCACAUGUAAUAACAAGACAUCUUGCCACAUUGUGAUCAUGUUUCAAAAAGCAAUGUCACUACGAAGUGUUAUUGUUGAGACAGGAGGGAACAUAGCAAUUAAUGAUACAAUAAACAGUGGCUGGUUAAAACUAGGCACAACGCCAGAUAAAAACAAUUGUCUACAUUACCACACACCUUUAGGAUCAUUUGUCAGAGGUACACUAGCCAUUGAAUUUAAAACAUUCAAGAAAGUCCGUUGUAUAAAGAUACAAAUUCAAUUCCAAAAAGAAUGGGUGUUAAUUCGUGAAAUCAAUGUAUGGCCUUGGCAGCAACAGCUGCAAUCUUAAGAUAUAAAUCUCAAAAUCUCAAAUUAAUGACAUUAUGACUGUUUCUGGCAAAGCUUUUAUCAGGAUAGUUAAGAUUGUAUGCUACAUCAGCUACAUUCUUAGCAACAAUAUAUGUGUUUAUAAAACACGGGCGCUGAUUUGUUGAAUUCUCAAAAAUCUAUUUCGUCUAUGCGCGGGAAAUUUAAAUGGCGAAAUAUAAACAGUAUGCAAUUAAAAUUAAUAAGUUUAUCUUUUCAA